AUGGGUGGUGCUGUAGCAAAGAGGAGUUAUAACCCUUUUAUUGUAUCGGGUCACCAUGGCUUCACACCAGACAAAAGGAAGACGGAGACAAGAAAUCUAGGAGCUAAUGAGAAGAAUAAGAAUUCAGUCUCGACAGGAGACAAAGAUGGGAAAUGGGAAGUAUCUGCAAGCAUAAAAUCCCCUGCUAAGAUAGUUAAUGGUGCUAUGAGCAGUGAUACAUCUACCUCAGUGAGCACUACUAACACAUUCAGAUUUUUGAGUGCCCAAGACAAAUAUAGAACUACUCUUGAAGACUGUGAGGAUGGAAGCGAAUUCUUUGAUGUUUUAGACAAAUAUGGUCAUUAUCAGAGCUAUGAAAACAAAGCUGGAAAGAAAAUCCAUAGAGAGCUUUCAAAACUCAAAUGGAAUGGGUACCCUGAAGAUAGUUUCGAUUGGAUUUGGAGCUCUAUUGGACCACUAAGUAACCCUAGUCCAUUGAGGAGGAUUACAAGUGACUCGCCAUCCAUAAACGUCAGCAGUACUAUAGAUAAACCUCCGGAAGCGGUACUAAGAACAGCAUUAUUGCUUUUCAAUUCAUCCCAAGACAUAGCUUAUAGUGACACUACAAAUGUUACCGGUCCUUUGUUUUUCAACGCGUAUUUUUCAGAACCGAUUAAACUAAAUUCUACCCAGAAACGAUCAUUUAAAUUAGUUGUCAACGCUAAUCAAGAUAAUAGUUUGUUUUUCCCUGAGAACCCUCUGAUUCCACCUUACGGAGGCGCAUUGGAGCUCCACAUUGCCAACGUGUCUACCUUCAACUCUUUUUUUUCACUAGCGUUUUUCCGGACAAAUGAUUCAACUCUUCCUUCACUAAUCAAUGCUCUUGAAGGGUACACUGUCGGUGAUAAAUUAGCUCAAGGAACCAAUUCAAACGAUGUGAAAGCAUUGGGUUUAUUAAAGAAGAGUUUCAGUCAGCUACAAGAUUGGAGUGGUGAUCCUUGUUUACCUUCACCAUACACUUGGGAUUGGGUUACUUGUAAUAAUGAUACGGAUUCUCCUCGAAUUACAGCAUUGAAUCUCAAUGACCUUGGAUUAACAGGCACUUUACCAGACUUCAGUGCCAUGGAUGCUCUCAAAACCAUAAAUUUGCGCAACAAUAGUUUGACGGAAGAUAUUCCUGAAUUUCUUGGCACAUUUCCAGAACUCACAGUACUAAAUCUGGCCGAUAACAGCUUCUUGGGAACGGUACCUUCGUCAAUAUCAAAUAACGUCAAUUUGAAGUUCACUGCAACUGGUAAUCCAAACUUGUCGUGCACGCCCACAUCGAUAUUCAAUAUUGACCCCGCAUCAAAAAUUCCUCCCCCAAGCACUAACACUAAUGCUGAACCAAAAAUUCCUUCCCCAGCUGACAAAGGCAAAAGUUCUAAAACAUUAGCACAACCAAUAAUAAUACUUUUGAUUAUGUUUUCUGGUUUAUUACUGUAA